CUUCGGCUUCGUGCAGGAUACAUGUGACGCGGAUCAGAUCAGAUAUCUUUUUGCACAUUUGCUGACUGACCUCACUCGUUCAUCAUGCGAAUUGCACUCAUUGCUGCGCUUGUGCUGUGUCUCGCGCGCUCUGGCCGGGCGACGCCGAGCAACAGGGACGGAAAGUUCGUGGUCGUCGUGAACCCGAAGGCCUGCGACGGAAACGGACGGAGCGGCGUCUGUCUGCCUUACUUCUACUGCGGGAAGUACGAGGGGACCGUUGAGGGCAAGUGCACGCUGGGCCUCGGGGAAUGCUGUGUCUACCAGAAGUCCUGCGGCAGCUCCUCCUUCGCCGUCACGACCCACUUCCUCAGCACGGACGCAGCGGCCACCGGGAAGGGCGAGUGUGCGGUGUCCCUCUCCAAGGCCAGUGACGUUUGCCAGCUGCGCCUGGACCUCAAGACAGCCGAGCUGGCUCCGCCCGACGCCGAGGGAGUGUGUCAGGACCAAUUCCUUCAGGUGGAAGGAGUGAGCGGCGUUUCGCCCAAGAUCUGCGGGACGAAUUCGGGACAGGAAAUCUACCUGGACGUCCGCGCUGACGACGGUCCCUUCGAGGUCAAGGUGACGAACAACGUGGACUCUCCGGACUCAGAGUGGGACAUCGAGGUCGAGCAGAUCGGCUGCACUUCGCCGGACUUGGCGCCGGCAGGGUGUCUUCAGUACAUCAAAGGCAAGACGGGGGAGAUACAAAGUUUCAAUUACGAAGAUAAGCCAACAGAGGCGAAGCAACCUAGUGGAAAUACAGGAACUCGCCACCUGCAGGAGAACUACAGCAUCUGCGUCCGCCAAGAACAAGGCUACUGCAGCAUCAAAUGGGCGGCCGCGAUGGGCGAGACGCACGCCUUCACCCUCACUGGGGACGUGGUCACCUUCCCGGGUUUCUUUGCAUCUAACGUCAACGGCGGGUGCCCCUUCACGGACCACCUGGUGAUCGCGGGCAGCAAGGUGGUCGCAGGCGGCGGCGAAACCCCCGCCAGCAUCUUCUGUGGAUCCAAGUUCCCGGAUGAGGUCGUCAGUGAGAGUUUCAGGGUGGACGUGGUGACUAAUGGACAGGAAGCCGACGACAGCGAUUUGGACAACCGGGGUUUCCAUCUCGAGUACGAGCAAGUUAAAUGCUGAAAACUCUAGUGAAAAUAUUCUACUGUAUGCUCUUUUUUUUCGUAUGGUAUAAGAAUUUUUUAUUGUUUUAUUGUUGUUGUUGUUUGAUGUUAUAAAAUCUUUUGUUGUGUCUGUUUUAUGUUUUUUGUUCUCGGUUUAUUUUCGUAAUGAUGAUGCUAAGGAAACUAUGAUAGAGAGUUUUUCUUAUCCCUGUGACGAUGAAAAAACGAUAUCAUUAAGCAUAAAAAUAAAUGGGAGGAAAUAUAAUUUAACUAACGUAAAAUUAAUCAAUCCACAGACUAAAACUCGAAAACAAAACAGAAGGGUAAUUUGAUGAUUUAGGGAAAAAGAUAAAUCAACAACCAAGAACAUAAAGGGAUGAAAGUCCAUCGCAGAAAACAUGAAUGAU